CGCCAACGAAAGUAGCAGCAAGACAAAACCACCGCCAAUCAAUGUUCUAUCUCAAGACCCGAAAGACACUGUUAAAGCAAUUAAAACAAACAUCUCAUCAUUAAUCAACGGCCAACAAAAUAAUAGCUAUGGAAGCUUCAGAAAUUCUAUAUGGUAUUAUUGCCAUAAUUCUCACUUUUUAUUAUUACUUGACAUCAACCUUUGACUUUUGGAAGUUACGCAACAUUCGCGGCCCGCAACCUAUUGCAUUUUUUGGUAAUGUCAAAGACGUAAUGUUUGCUAGAAAAGCAAUGUGUGAUUAUUUGAUGGUAGCAUAUAACAUGUACAAAGAUGAGCCAUUGAUUGGCAUAUUUGUUAGAAGAACUCCCGUCCUUAUCGUAAAAGAUCCAGGAUUAAUUAAGGACAUUCUUAUAAAAAAUUUCUCCAUCUUUGCCGAGAGAGGAUUUACUACUCACGAAAAGGCCGAUCCGCUUUCGCAACAUCUAGUCGCUUUGGAGCAAAAAAGGUGGAGACCUUUAAGAUCAAAGCUGAGGCCUGUUUUUACAUCUGGUAAGCUGAAGGAAAUGUUUCCUCAAAUAUUAGAAUGUUCCGAACAUUUGGAACGAUAUAUGGAAAAAUUAGUGAGCAGGAAAGAGCCUAUAGAAUGUUAUGAGCUGAUGGCUAAAUAUACAACAGAUGUUAUCGCUAGUUGUGCCUUCGGUAUCGAUACGAAUUCUUUAUCGGACAUAGAGUGUGAAUUUCUCAAAAUGGGAAGAGAGGCAUUUCAUCCCAAGUGGUAUAACUUGAUACGACUCAGAAUUAAACAAUCUGCGCCGUGGUUUUUUGAUAUUCUUGGGCGCAUUCUACCACAAACGAAGGUCACUAAAUUCUUUACACGCAUUCUCAUGGACAAUAUCGAUUAUAGAGAAAAAAAUAAUGUCGUCAGACAUGAUUUUGUUGAUGCGCUACGUGAACUAAAAAAGUAUCCAGACAAAAUUGAUAUUGAAUUGACCGACAGUAUAAUUGUUUCUCAAGCAUUCAUAUUUUUUCUCGCCGGUUUUGAAACUUCAUCAUCGACCAUGACCAAUACUCUUUACGAAUUAGCGCAGAAUCAUAUGAUACAGAAUACACUGCGAGUGGAAAUUAACCACGUAUAUGCAAAACAUGGUGGCGCUUUAACAUACGAUAGCAUCAAAGAGAUGGAAUAUCUGGAUAAAGUUGUCAAAGAAACUUUACGAAAAUAUCCGCCAGCAACAUUUUUGAUGAGGCAAUCGACAUCGAAUUAUACUUUUGAAGGUACUAAAAUUAAUAUACCGAAGAAACAACCAAUAUUGAUACCCGUUUACGCUAUUCAACGAGAUCCAAAUAUUUAUCCGAAUCCGGACGUUUUCGAUCCAGAGAGAUUUGAAAGGAAACUUGUACAAAGUAGAGAUGCGAUGUUCUAUCUUCCUUUCGGCGAUGGCCCAAGGAAUUGCAUUGGUUUCCGUUUUGCCGAUUAUCAGAUUAAAGUUGGACUCGUAAAGAUACUGCAAAACUACAAUAUUGAAAUAUGCGAGAAAACGCAAAUACCAUAUAUAAAUGAUCCUAAAGCAUUCCUACUAACGCCAAAAGGAGCACUUUUGGUUGAAAAAACUACGCCCCGGAAUGUGCCAAUGAGACUGAAUUGUUUUGAAUAAAGAAUUAAUCUUUAUAGUAAGUAAAACUAUUAUAUCAUAUCUCGCAAUAAUAAAUUAAUAUAGUAAAUAAUAAAUUACACGCUUCUAUUACUAAUUUACAACAUGAACGGAUUAAAAUUAGAAUUUUAACCUUGAAAAAUUAUUGUGUAACUAUAUGAUUACAAAUAAUUAAAACACUAGAAUAAAUAAACAUAAGUCAAAAUGACUGAAGUCAACUGAAAGAAAUAAUUGAAUACAACAAAACUAUACAUUUCACAGUUAGGGAUUUUCUUUAAAUCUAUAUAAUUUUAGAAGACUGUCUAGUUUAUAUAAAUUCAUGAUAGCUUAUAAACAUAUUAAUAAAAUGAUAUUAUUUUUAUGAUAGUGUCUAACUAUAUCUAAAUAUCUACGAUUGUAAUAGUUCUGUCAUUUAAAAGAUGUAUUAAUUAAU